AAUGACUGCUUUUGAAACCUGACUUUAUUUUUUAAUUGGUUUCGAUAAUAGGCCUUGGGGGCCGAGCGGAGGAUUCAUAGGAAAUGGAGUCUAUCUCGAGAAUAUCGAGCUUGCUCGAGACGGCCCGCGAUCUUACUCUCGAAGCCGCUCGUGACGCCAGUGCCGCUAAAAAAGGGACCGCAAGGCCUAUACCGGCCCAGAAACUCAAAGCUCUCUUGGACAGCCGGUUAGAGCGAGAUGUCUUGGAAGGAUUGCGGCGGCUGGUCGCUCUCACCUACACCUCCCAAUCCAUCUCCCCAUACUUCACCCACGCCCUCAAGACCCUCUCCCUCCCCUUCCCCACCGUCCGCAAACUCGUCGCCCACAUCCUCAUCCAGCUCGCCCCCUCCCACCCCGACACCGCCCUCCUCGCCAUCAACACCCUCCAGAAAUCCCUCUCCGACAGCGCUCCCCCCUUACGCUCUCUCGCCCUCCGCACCAUGUCCUCCAUCCGCGUCCCCGCCAUCUCCCAGAUCGUCCUGCUGGCCAUCAAGCGCGGCGUGCAGGACAUGAGCCCCUACGUGCGGCGGGCUGCUGCGCUGGCCAUCCCGAAGGCCUAUCGGCUGGACCCGGCACUGGAACCGGAGUUGGUGGAGGGGCUGGUGCGGUUGCUUGGGGAUAAGCAGUACUUCGUGGCGGGUGCGGCGGUGCAGGCGUAUGCGGAGUGCUGGGCGGAUCGGAUCGAUCUGUUGCACCCGUAUUAUCGGAAGCUGGUGAGACAGAUGGUCGAUAUGGAUGAGUGGGGGCAGCUCGCAUUCUUGAAGGUCAUGUUGGGCUACUGUCGGCGGUGUUUUCCGCGUCGGACGAAGCGGAUACGGAAGGGUGGGGCGGAGAAGAAAGGGAAGGGGAAGGAUCCUGACAGCUUCUAUGACGACGAGGAGACGAGGGAGGACCAGGACGAGGGAGACGGAGGCGAAGGAGAUUUCGAAGAGGCCAUCAUCCUCGACCCGGAUCUCGACCUCCUCCUCCGCGCCGCCCAACCCCUUCUCCACAAUCGCAGCUCCGCCGUCAUCAUCGCCGUUACCAGCUGCUUCCUCUAUCUCGGCACGCCUACAUACCUCGAGUUGGCCGUCGGUCCACUAAUAGCACUCCUGCGCUCACCACAAGACAUUCAAUUGGUCGCCUUACAUAACAUUGUGCAGGUCUGCUUAAUCUACCCCAAGCCCUUCGUCCAAUACGCAUCCCACUUCCUCAUCCGCCUCUCCGAACCCCCUGCGAUCCGCCGCUCGAAACUCGAACUCCUCACCUUGAUCUUCCCGCACGCCCCGCCCCACAUUGCCGGCCUCAUUCUCGCCGAGCUGGCCCAUUUCUCCGCCAGCCAGGACCCCACCCUCGUGCAAGAAGCCGUCCGCGCCAUUGGCCGCUGCGCGCAGACCUCCGACGAACCGACGAGCCGCCGCUGCCUUCACCUGCUCCUCGACCGCGUGUCCUCCCCCGACCCGCUGGUCGUCGCCGAAUCGCUACAAGUCGUCCGGCAGCUGAUCCAGCGCGAUCCGCUGUCGCACACGCACACGGUGGUCCGCCUGGCGAAGAAUCUGGACAGCAUCACCAACCCGCAGGCGCGCGCAUCCAUCAUUUGGCUGGUGGGCGAGUUCGCCGCGCCGGAGGCGGAGGACGGCAUGGCGCCGGACGUGCUGCGGAUCCUGGUGCGGAACUUCGCCGACGAGAGCGAGCAGGCGAAGCGGCAGAUCGUUCUACUGGCCGCGAAGGUGUAUCUACAUUACCUAAAUGUCCAAAACGCGACGCAAAAGUCGGCGCGAGAAACAGAAGAAGACCUAAAUGGCUCUCAAAAGGAUGAAGCCGCAGAUAGCGACAUGGAAACGCGAUCACCUCCGAACAUCCCCAUCGAUGAAUCUCACCCGAUCGUCCUCCUCUGGCAAUACGUCCAACUCCUCGCCCGCUAUGACACCUCCUACGACCUCCGCGACCGCCUCCGCGUCUACAAAUCACUCCUCGCUAUCCCCACCUCCACUGACCUCGCUUCCCUCCUCCUCCUUGCCCCGAAACCUGUCCCCCAAAUCCCCAGCCCCUCCGAGUCCCGCCGCGGCUACGCGAUCGGGUCUGCCAGCCUCGUCGUCGGCGACGAGGUCGCCGCGGGCGGGUUCCGAGGAUACGAACCGCUGCCAGAGUGGGUGCGGGAGGGGGAGCAGCCAAUCGCGACGGUGCGGGGUGAAGGCGGGGCGGGAAGGUAUGAAGUGAAGAAAGAGGUGCCAGCGAGCGAGAGGCUUGACCGGGCGCUGGAAGAGGAGAGGGGGACUGGGAGGGCGAAUGGGUGGAGGGAGAAGACUUUGGAUGAUUGGUUGGCGGAAGAUGAGGAGGAAGAGGAUGAGGAAAGUGACGGAAGUGAGGAGACGGAGGAGGAGAGUAGUGAGGAGGAAACGGAGGAGGAGAGCGAGGAGGACGAGGAGGAUGAGGGCACGGAUGAUGAAUCGGCGGCUUUACGACCUUCGGCAUAAAUUAAGGAUGCAUAGGCUCAAUGAUAGCGAGCAUAUCCGAGAAUCAAAGAAGCGAGCACAUGAUGGACUUCCGUCAGUCCGCAUCACCUACCUGUUUUUAUGUUCUGCUCGCACUGCUAUAUCCC